AUGGGACUAGUAAGUACAUUACUGAUUACACUGAUGCUUAUUUGGAUCGCUCACUUCAUCAUUAAAAAGUUAAGAACAAUAUUAAAGCAAAUUAGCGCAGUGCAGGGACCACCAACUUUGCCACUUAUAGGCAAUCUACAUCAAUUUCAUUUCAAACCAGAUG